CCGGCUUCGGCGUUACAUCGUGUGGAUCACGUUUUUCGUUAUGUUUAAUGCGCGCAUGAUGGAAAGUUAUACGCAAGCACCGUUGUCACUAACACGCGUACCGUCGAUCUGUCUCGUUUGAAUUGCGUUGAAUGUCGCAAGCCGGGAGGGGAGGGAUGAUGUGUUUUGCCGGUUAGCAGCGGUGGAUGGUGGUGACGGCCACCGUAAGAGAGUUCCUGCGACUUAAGCCCUUUUGAGGUAGUCUCCCAGCACAAACACAGAGACAUGGAAACGUGUGCCGAUACAUUGUAGGUAAGCUCCUCGACCACGCACGGUACGUAUUUCGCACACCCUAUUCAUCUCGUACUGUCUUUGUCUCUUUUGUAGGUUCAGCUGGCAGGGGUGAGCAGGUGUACAUUAGUCCCGUCACGUCACGGAAGCAACGCAGACGAACGUUCGGUUCGAUGUCGGUGUAGUGGUUGCUCAAGGGACUUACCCAGCAGUUCAGCAGCAUCGCAGGGCCAGGUAGAACGCAUUCGGAGAACCCGUUACGGGGAACGGGCGAGAAAACAGAGAAAGAGAGAGACAGAGAGCGACCUAUGCCCGGCUAGCGAACCAAACCAACCCCAGGGUACGCACACCGAUUGAGAUUCCGCGGGUAUCAGGCCGCUUCACAGCGACACACAGAGCUGCUGGAGAGUUUAAACUGAUUAGUCGCUUCAGUUGAGGUUUCUCCAUCGCAUCGGUGACGCGAAAACAUAAAAAACGAACGGCAACACUUACUGAAAGCGCUUACUGAAAUCGAAACGAUUUGUACAAGGGAACGAGGAAUGUUAUGUGAUCGUAAAACCCUACAGGUUCAGUGAACGUAAACGAUCGUGUUUCUAGUCAGCGGUUUCAAGCACAAACAUCAAGUUACACUAGGUGCAAAGUUUCGUGUGACAAAGUGAGGUGGUACAGUGUCUUUCGUUUUUCUGCGUUGAUGCGUGUUUCUAUCUUGUUCGCGUAUUUUGCACGUGUUUUGCCGGUGCUUCCGGUGGCAGCUGCUUCGUUCAUUCAUUGCCAAUUAUAAUCGCCACACGGUAUGGAGCAGCAGCAGAAAGGCAGCGGUACGGUGGGCACCGAUCAAUCCACCCCCCGUGACCAGCAGUCGUUAAUAUUCGACGAAAUAAAGCAGGAAAUUGGCAAGAUCGAUCCGUACGCGGAAACGAUCGAACAGACGUACCAUCUGCGAAAGUUCGCUGAACUGUUUCGACGACGCAUCACCAACGAUCAACUGCUUAAUGAUCUCUUUCUGGAUCUCAACGAGGAGGCUCUAGCAAAUGGAAAGUUUGCCAUACAGCUGGCAAUCGUAUUUGCAUCCCGGCAGCUAGCCGAUGCGUCGAUAUAUGAAACGAAAAUUCGUAACUGCAUGAUUGCGACGCUUCAGCAAAAUUUUCUGGCCAUCGAACGGUUGAAGCAGGAAAAUGUGCAUCGAUUCUACAACUCCGUCACGCUGCUAGGCGAAUACUACAACCGGAAGCGGGUGGCUUUUGGUAAACGCAUCAAUAUUUUAGGACAAUCGUUGCUGCUGCUGUUAACUUCCGAGCUGGAGCAAGAAAUUAACAAAUCGUACCGGGAACCGGCCACCUACAGGGUAGAUGCAGAGUUUGCCAAGCUGGUGCUAGCGCAGAUCACACUAAACGGUGAGGAUGCGAAGGUGGAACACAGGAAGGAAAUUAACGAUCUGCUUUACACGAUGCGGAAGGCAUUAAUUGUCAUACCGAAUCUGUGCGCUCGGACGAAAUCAUUCCUGCUGAUGGCGCUCGAUCUGUACCAUGGACAUCUAGGGGAAGGAUUGCUUGAAAAGCUUUACGGCAAGUAUUUGACUGAACCAGUUACGGAGGAGCAACAUGCAACUGACGUCCUGAACGGUGAUGUGCCAAAGGUGAACGGGACUGAAACGGUUCAGUCAACACACCAACAACCGGUGCCCGAUGAAAGGAGGAAAGAAAGGCAAACAAAAAAGGCACCCGCAAACGAUACACUCGGACAGAAAGCUAAAGCAUCUAAAUCGAGUACAUCAAAUCGUUCGUCUAGUGGAAGUAAAGCUUCUAAUCAGAACAGUACAACGAACGAUAAGGAAAACAAACGUCGCUCAACACAAACGAAGGUUGUACAGGUGCAGAAAACAUCCCCAAAGACAGCUACCACCGGCAAUCGGUCGAUUCGUUUGCAAGAGGAUGGCAAUAUUGUAGCUACGAUUACGCGUGACACACCGACCACUCCGACGAAGAAAAACCCAUCGAUCGCAGCACAACCAUCAAACACAACCCGUUCGCCAACUAGCAAACAGAAACUUUCACCACGGAUGGAGAAGUUGGCAACACUGCCGAAGAUCACUAUUACCAGUGCGACACCAUCACCGAAGCGGACGCAAGACAAACAUGCGCCCCUUUCACCCCGGGCCGUUCUUGGUCCAUCGAUAGCGAAACAAAAACCACACCCACCACCGAAAAGUCCUACCCACAGCAGGGAGGGACAGUAUGGUACGAAACAUAUUCCUCAAGUGCCUCGUGCUCGUCACGAUCGAAAUGUCCGUGAUCUUCCUAAGGGAAUCAAGCAGGAAAGAACUGAAUUGGGCAAUACGAUUAAAAAUCCAAGCAACGAAACGCUGCCACCGAAGGAACACCGAAAUGGUGAUGAUUUCAGGCUUAUUGGUGCGGAUCAGAACUCUCGGAUAAACGAAUCGCCCACACCAAACGUUCACCAGGAAGUGGCCUCGCUCGAUUGGAGUAUACCGCACGAACCGGAAGGAGAAACGGUGGUAGCAUUAACGUCGACCGAAUUCACCAAGGAAGUUGUCACAAACCGUGAACCGGAAGGAAAACGUGUUGAUGCUGGGGUACCGACGAAUAAACCCAAAUUGAAACCUUCCUACUUUCGUGAGGAAAAUGUGGAGAACUUGUCCUGGGAUGCACUGAUUCCGCUCGAUGACGAAUCGCCCCAGAAGGUGAACCCGCAUACGAAAUCGUUCCUAUCGUUUUUAGCCAGCGAAUGACAAAGCGGCCAACAGCCGCGGGAAAAUAUUUCCUAGAGAGAAAGAGAGAAAGUAUUCCUAGCAGUUCGUAGAUAUUAAAAUAGUUAUUGCUCCGUUAGGAAGUAAGAAUUGUAUAAUAAAAAAAACAACGUAGCAUUUAAGCAAACGGCAGAUGGCAUUUAGUGAUGAGAGAAUUAGGAUUAAGAUUAAAAAACUGGUAUAUGUGGGUAAACCGCACGAACACGAUGGCAAGAUUACGUUAAUAAGCAUUUUCGGCAUGAAAAUACAAUUUUUUUGAAACAAAA